AUGGGCGGGCCGUCGGUGAGUCGGUGGAUCAACGAUCGCCACAACAACUCGUCGCGCAGUCCAUCCGGAAGUGAGUCGCCUAUAGGUUUGGGUCCAUUAAAUCAGAUGGAAAUGCAUUUCUCGAGCCAUCACUCGCCCACCACUCCGUCCGGUGUUGACCGGUUCGGUACGUCCGGCGGUCUACUGACCACCGCCUCCAACGCCGCCUCCCUUUACGCCAACAACGACUCCGCCAAACGCCACAUGAAGUACAACCGGCCGUUCAAAGCCUACCCGCGCGACCCCCUCUCAGUCUCCAUGAAUCCAGUGAUGGGUUUCUACGGAGGGCUACCCCUGACCGCCGACACUAUAGCCACGCAGUCGCUGUUGGCCACCGCCUCAGACCAGGCGUACCUCCAGUUCCGCGAGCAGAUGCUGGUGUCGCGGAAGGGUCAGCACGAGUCGCAACUCCAACAACAACAGCACAGUCAAGACAAUAGCCGGCGCUCGUCGUCCAGCAAUGGACAGCACCCGUCGUCGUUCUCGAAGACCAACAGUACGCACAUGAAUACCAGCGCCGCGUCGAUGGUAUCACCCGAUCAGCGGUUGAGCACCAAAACCAACGGCAAUAAUAACGGCACUCAUAGCCCGACCGACAAGAAGUUGAAACCAAUGAACGGAACGCCAAUCAGCGCGACGUCCGCCGCCACACCCACUCCCAUAUCGACGCCACUGAUCACCACAACCUCCUCGGCCUCCAUCAUGACGCCGAUGGCUCACCACAUGUCCUCCGCGGACGACACGUCACAGAACGGCCACUCCAGCGGCAACUCGUCCUCCGGGGAGGCGGACAUGGGAUCGUCGGGCGGGUCGGCCAACCGCAAGAGGGGGCGGCCCCUCCCGGAAGACCUUAAGGACGAUGCGUAUUGGGAGAGGAGGCGCAAGAACAACGAGGCGGCCAAGAGGUCGAGGGACGCCCGUCGGGCUAAGGAGGACGAGAUAGCGAUUAGGGCGGCGUUCCUCGAGCAGGAGAACCUGAAGCUCCGCUGCGAAAUCGCACAGUUGAAGACCGAGACCACGAGACUCCGGUGCCUCAUGGCUGUCAAUCCCGACCCCCCACACCUGACAACGCCUGAAGACCGACACCGACAGCAACCGCGCCGACAGCUCCCGGAGCUGCUGAGGAUGUGUGCGAUGCAUACGCGACAGAUAUCAGGCCAUCAGAACCGGAAGAAGGUGUCCGUGUCUUAUGUGAUCCGCGAAGAGGUCGAGAAGUAUCACCGGUCGGGCGUCAACUCACUUCAGUUGGACCCGCACUCCGGGCGGCUGUACAGCGCCGGCCGGGACUCCAUCAUCAGGAUCUGGAACACCCGGAACCAGUCAUCACCGUAUGUCCUAUCUAUGGAGCACCACACCGACUGGUGCAACGAUAUCAUCCUCUGCUGCGGCGGCAAAAACCUCAUCUCCGCCUCCAGUGAUACCACUGUUAAGGUGUGGAACGCCUACAAAGGCUUCUGUAUGUCGACUCUGCGGACACACAAAGAUUACGUGAAGUGUUUGGCGUACGCCAGGGAUAAGGAACAGGUGGCCAGUGCUGGGCUCGAUAGGGCUAUAUUCCUGUGGGACGUGAAUACCCUAACGGCGCUCACGGCGGAUAAGGAACAGGUGGCCAGUGCUGGGCUCGAUAGGGCUAUAUUCCUGUGGGACGUGAAUACCCUAACGGCGCUCACGGCGUCCAACAAUACAGUGACCACAUCCUCGCUGACCGGCAAUAAAGACAGUAUCUAUUCGUUAGCCAUGAAUACCGCCGGCACUGUCAUCGUGUCCGGCAGUACGGAGAAAGUGCUGAGGGUUUGGGACCCCCGGAGCUGCCAGAAGCUCAUGAAACUGAAGGGACACUCGGAUAACGUGAGGGCACUGGUGGUGAGUCGGGACGGCACUCAGUGUUUGAGCGCCAGUUCCGAUGGCACGAUAAGGCACUGGUCGUUAGGCCAACAGCGAUGUGUCGCCACAUUCCGAGUGCACGACGAGGGCGUGUGGGCCCUCCAGACCAACGACGCCUUUACCACCGUUUACUCCGGCGGUCGCGACAAACGGGUGCUGAUGACGGACCUCCGGAACCCCGACAACCGGGCGGUGAUAUGCGUGGAGUCGGCGCCGAUACUCAAAAUGAUAUUAACGCCGCCCGACUACCAGAGCAUUUGGGUGGCGACCACCGACUCCUGUAUCAAGAGCUGGUCGUUAGCGCACAGCAAACAUAAGGGAAGUUUCAGCAAUUGGGAGGACUAUGACACCGACGGCCCGCCCAUCAACGACACCGAGGACUACAGGAUUAAG